AUGCCUUGUGUUAAGCGGGGUGCUAUAGACAAAGGAGAGAGCCCGGAAUUGAGGAAGAGAUCAGUGCGCGAGGGGAUGCUCCCGGCUGUGCGUGCAACAGAAGCCCCAACGAAGUUACCUCAUCGCCGAGUGACAUUCUCUGCAGCCAAUCAAGCUCAAGAUCUGCAGGAUCCCUCCCAGCACAGUUACUAUGACAGUGGUCUUGAAGAGUCAGAAACACCAAGCAGCAAAUCUUCAUCAGGGCCUCGGAUUGGGCCUCUGGCUCUACCUGAGGACCACUAUGAGCGCACCACACCUGACGGCAGCAUUGGGGAGAUGGAACACCCUGAGAAUGAUCUCCGACCUUUGCCUGAUGUAGCCAUGACAGGGACCUGUACUCGAGAAUGCACAGAAUUUGGUCACUCUGAUACCUGCUGGAUGCCAGGUCAGUCCUCUCCAAACCGGCGGCCCAAGAAUGCCCUCAAACUCUCCACAUUUGUGCCUUAUCAAGACAGAGGGAGUCAAGAACAAGUUGGGAAUGGAAGCCCCAGACUCUCAGAAGAGCGCAACACCAAAAUGGCUAACCUCCGCCUGCUCCCCACGUACAGUGCCUUCUCCAACAGUAGCCAUGAGCCCUGCAAGGAUUCCCCCAUGGAGGAAAUCCCUCUCACCCAGACCUCAGACUUCCAGACAGCUACUACACCAUCAUCCCAAACUGCCAAACGAGAGAUCUACCUGUGAGAGUGAGGAGGCCACAUAAAGUAUCUGAAAACAGUGCUGAGACCAGUGUUUAGUCCUCCAGCAUGAAGUGACUUUUCAAACUGUGAUUCUUUAUCACUCAGAUUGGCAGUUCUGUGCCUGCCAGAUGAGACUGCCUUGCCCAGUCAUUGGGCAUGGGAACAUUUCAUUAACUGAUUCCUCACUGGGCAAGGGAACUGACACCAACCAGAAUGGCCAAGCUCUCAACAGAGCAGUCCAUGGAUAUCUGGAAAGAGGGAGAAAGGAAUGCAGUGAAGAGAGCUUGGCUUCAUGGUUUCAGGGCUGGGGUGGGGGGAAAGGGCUUAGUUACCAAAGGUCCACGCAGACUUGGUGGAGUCCAUUGGGCACAGGGCUGAGAGCACUUGGCACAGGUACAGGGGAAAAGCUGCCUUUCUUGUUACUAUAGACUCCUGUAAAUAUGAAUUUUAGGAAUGACAUUUAUGUCCUGCCUGAUCAAGUUUUAUUGUCCUUGAAACAAAAAGACAUUGAAACAAACAACACCACAGGGAGAAAUUUUCAGCUUGAAUUUUUCACCACACAGAAGAGCACAUUGGGGCAAGCACUUCCAACCAGCCCACCCUUUACUUUCACAGUGUAAAUAAGGAUGGAGCAUUCAGUUGGGAGGGGGGCAUUCUGGUUGGUCAGCAGGACUGAGAAGGAAGGGCAUGACAGAGUUUUUAAAUCUUAAUCUCUUUUCAGACUUCAGAAACUCUUCUCAUCAGGUAUGGAGGAGCCCUAGAGCUAGUAGUCAUGGCUUUUAGCUGUCCUCCUUUGCCCGUGCCCCAUAGAUAAUGAGCUGCAGCAGUAAGAAAAGUGGAAGAGCCUUCAGUUUUUCAGGUGGUACAAUACCUAACUCCCCAAAAUUACUCCACUGCCUCACCUGAGGCAGAGAAUUUCCAUGGGGUCAUUAGGCCCCAGUGCCAUGAUUCUGGCCUUUGAUUUGUCUGCCUGUAAGCCACCAUUGCCUUUGCGAAAUGGAGCUUGGACUCAGGGUCACACUGGGGCCCAUGGGCCUCUGUAUGCUGGAGUCAUAUACCCCCUCCCUACGCCUUUAGACAGCCUCAAGGGCUCCAGUAUUCUCUUCCAGUGCCACAUGUUUAUCCACAUAGUAUCAGACUGCAGGAGCCUAUCAUAGUUUCAGUAGGAGCCCAUAAAAAACAGUGCAACUAUUCAUGGGCAUUAUUAUCCCCAACCAUUGACACCAUCAUUUGGGAUCACUCAAAAGACCUAAAUUUAUAAGAGAGCACUCUUCCUCCAGCAAGCAGUGGGCUGCUUUGGUGACUAAGUUCUUAAAUCCUUAAGUAUUCUUGACUUAGCUAGGUCUGAUUCCAUAUAGUAUAGUAUUAAUGGCAAUCACUUGCCAGCCAGUAUUUGUGGGACUUUUUCCAGUACGUAUGGUAAUGGAAAGAUUCAUUGAAACAGUCUCCAGAGUGGGGCCCUAUCCACCAGACUAGCUAACACUUGUUGGACCCAUCUUGUUUCUCUUGGCUUAAUUAUUCUGGUUCCAGCAGGCCCAACUAUCUUCCUACACUUUGCCAUGUGUUUUUCUAAGAUGAAUUGCAGAAGGUGGGCUGGAUGUUGCCCUUUGCUGACUCUCUAUUCAACUUUCUCAACUGCAUGUAUCUAGGAAGGAAAGAGACAUGACUGAUGCUUUGUGAAACUAUUGUUUGUGUGGGUGUAUGGGUAUGUGUUUGACAGGACACAUGGAGACAGGUUGGUUAUCGAACUAGUAAGCUGGUGGGAUGGACAUAAAGCAAUUUUCAUGUUUCUCUACCAGAGUUAGAUGAUUUCUAGGGUCAUGUGAAAUUUUAUUGUCCCCUUGUAUUCUCUGUCCUCUAGUGAGCAGAUUGCUCUGAUCACUUUCUGAUCAUCAGUAGUGGUAGUGUGAAGCAUAGCAGAGAGUAGACUAGUGAUUCUACUCAUACAGUAAGCUGCCACGUGCCAUGGACCAUUAGGUGUCUGAAUUCUAGAGUCCCAGGUUUGAGAUCACUGGUAACUUCCAGUGUAUAACCAAGGACUUUUUCUCUUCUACCCCUAUACUUUCUAAGGCUCAGGGCUAUUUCAGCAGCAAUCCAUAGGAUGGAGGGCAGGAAUAUAGCACUUCCUAUCCACUCUUGUAUCAAGAGCCUAAGGUUAGGGUGAUCAUCUGUAAUCAGGAAAAAGUUCUGAACUAGUUUGUUCAUUUUUGACUUAAUAUGAUGCGUGAACCCACAUAGUAUGGCUUAGCAAACCAGGCCACUUUGGCUUGUGCCUCAAUUCUUGGUUAAAAAUCUGUCUGAGCUAUACGUGUAAAUAUAGUUACUGAGGUAAGUAUAUAGAAGUGUAAAUGAACUCUGUCCAAGGAUUGCUUCAGCCAUCCACCAUACCCAGAUUCUUUCAAGUGCAACUGUAUGGUGUGGAAAGGAUAGGACCUUCUCCUCAAUCUCUCCCC